UCUUUCUCUCUCUCUUUCUCUCUCUCUGACUCACUCACUACACUACAUGCACUGCUUCUGCUUCGUCGUCUAAUUUUGUUUCACUUUUAUUUUAUGAUUUUUUAUGAGCUUUUAUUUUAAUCGUGUAUUUAGAUAUAUGUGAGUGUACCCCGGAUGGUGUCAGGACUACUGCUGCUGUUGCGGGGUUUAGGUACGGAAGUGGGAGUGUGGGCUUUUGCGUGUGUGCUUGGGCUUGUGUGGACUUGUGUUUGAGUGAGUGAGCGCAUGGAUGAUGCACCGCCGCUCCUCUUCAUUCUUUACUCGAGCCAGGAUUGGUAGUUGAGGGAGGGCAUCGGGGAUCUCGCAACUAGCGAUCUUACGCACCGGAUGAUGGCUUGAGACCCGCCCAGGAGAAGGAGGACGACGAGGAGGAGGUUCAUCGCUGACGGUUGUUGCUGUGUGUUGUAAGCACAGACGGGAAGGAGCGAGCGAGCGAGCGAGAGACAGACAGACAGACAGAGAGCGUGAUUCCAAAGUGUUUAUUGGCCCUGGUGCUCUGAUUCAAUCUUUGGAGUGUUUUGCGAGUGACGAGAGCGUGUGGAUUGUAGAACGGCGUCAAUCCACACGCCGUUCUGGCAGAGUUGUUAGCUAUGGCGGCGGGAAAUGAGUGGAUUAAUGGUUACUUGGAAGCGAUUCUGGACACGGGAGAGAAGAUUACCGAUCACAAACACAUCGGAGACGAGGGAGUGAAUGAUUUCAAGGCGGCCAAGUAUUUUGUCGAAACCGUUACUGGCUUCGAUGAGUCCUCUCUGUACCGCACCUGGAUCAAGUCGCAGGCCUCGGCUACGAGGAGCUCUCAGGAGCGGACGUUGCGAAUGGAACAUCUUUGUUGGAGGAUUUGGCACAUUGCGAGGAAAAAAAGAUUGAUCGAAUGGGAGGACGCUCAUCGGCUUGCCCGGCGGCAUAUGGAACGUGAGCAGGGCAGGAAAGAUGCCACCGCAGACAUGUCCUCCGAUCUGUCUGAGGGGGAAAAGGAAAGCAUUCCGCAGGACUGUAUCCCCCGUGUAGAGAGCGCACUUACUCUCGCCAGUUCCAAUUUUGGAGAAAGCAUUUCUCCAGAGAAGGAGAAACCUGAGAAACGUCUGUAUAUUGUCCUCAUCAGUCUGCACGGUCUUGUGCGAGGGGACAACAUGGAGCUUGGCCGAGAUUCAGACACUGGUGGACAGAUCAAGUAUGUGGUGGAGUUAGCAAGAGCUCUGGCCCUGAUGCCCGAAGUCUACCGGGUCGACCUUCUCACUCGCCAAAUAUGUUCGCCCGACGUGGAUUGGAGUUACGGGGAGCCCACUGAGAUGUUGAGUCUCGGCUCUUACGACGAUUUCGAAGACGUUGGUGAGAGUAGCGGUGCGUACAUUGUGCGUAUACCUUGUGGACCAAGGGAUCAAUACCUGAGGAAGGAACUUCUUUGGCCAUACAUUCAGGAAUUUGUAGACGGUGCAUUGACUCACAUUUUGAACAUGACCAAAGUUCUGGGGGAGCAAAUCGGGAGUGGGGGGCUCAUCUGGCCUCACGUAAUCCAUGGCCAUUAUGCUGACGCUGGAGACAUUGCGUCACUUUUGUCGGGGGCUUUGAAUGUUCCUAUGGUGCUUACUGGCCAUUCCCUUGGUCGCAACAAGCUUGAGCAGCUCCUGAAGCAAGGAAGACAGUCGAAGCAUGACAUCAAUGCCACUUAUAAGAUUAUGCGGAGGAUUGAGGCGGAGGAGCUUUCGCUGGAUGCAGCUGAACUGGUCAUUACUAGUACCAAACAAGAAAUUGAGGAGCAAUGGGGCCUUUAUGAUGGUUUUGACGUCAAGUUGGAGCGUGUUCUCCGCGCCAGGGCUCGUAGAGGCGUCAGUUGCCAUGGCCGGUACAUGCCCCGGAUGGUGGUCAUUCCACCCGGAAUGGACUUCAGCAACGUAAUUGUGCAAGAUACAGGGGAUGUCGUUGACGAUGGUGAGGCUGUGCAGAUCACUUCCAGCGAUUCCUCCAGUGUAGUUCCCGUCUCUCCCCGGGCUAAUCCUCCCAUCUGGGAUGAGAUCAUGCGUUUCUUAACAAACCCACACAAGCCGAUGAUUUUGGCACUAGCUCGUCCCGAUCCGAAGAAGAAUCUUACCACCUUGUUGAGGGCUUUUGGUGAACGACGGGCUUUGAGAGAGUUGGCCAAUCUGACGCUUAUCAUGGGGAAUCGUGAUGACAUCGACGAAAUGUCAAAUGGCAAUGCAGCAGUGAUGACCACUGUGCUUAAGCUGAUUGACAAGUACGACUUGUAUGGUCAAAUUGCCUACCCCAAGCACCAUAAGCAAUCGGAUGUUCCUGAAAUUUACCGCUUUGCUGCGAAGACCAAGGGUGUGUUCAUCAAUCCAGCACUUGUGGAGCCUUUUGGACUCACUUUGAUUGAGGCGGCUGCCCACGGUUUGCCCAUGGUUGCUACGAAGAACGGAGGACCUGUUGACAUACACAAGGCUCUUUCGAAUGGUCUGCUGGUGGAUCCCCACAAUGAGAAGGAAAUCGCAGAUGCAUUGCUGAGGCUGGUUGCGGAUCGCUCCCUAUGGAACGAGUGUCGCAAGAACGGAUUGAAGAAUAUCCAUUUGUUCUCGUGGCCAGAACAUUGCCGAACCUAUCUGUCUCGAAUCGCCUUGAGUCGCAUGCGACACCCGCAGUGGAAAACCGAGACUAGCACUGAGGACGAAGAUCUUGAGUCGCAGAGUGACUCUCUGCGCGACGUCCAGGACUUUUCGCUGCGCCUCAGUGUCGAUGGCAACAUGUCCAUAUCAAAUCCUGCCGAUCUAGAGCGGAUGCUCAAGAGUCAGAACAGUUUGGGGAAGAACAAUGGAGCAGAGGACUUGAAGCCUCUGACAGGGAAGCAGCGCACUAUGAGCGGCCGCAUGGAAUCGAUGCAAGUGGAAGGACCGGAAACCAAGAGGUUUGGCUCUUUGACAGGCGCGCAUAAGGCCCAACCCCUAAAGAAGCGGAGACGCUUGGUUGUUAUUGCUGUGGAUGGAUACGAUCCUGCAACCAACAACCCCAGCAGUAGAUUUGUGAGCCUUCUCCAAGAUCUGGUGAAGAAUAUCCGUUCAGACUCGAGUAUUCGAGUGCAACCCGGGUUGAUUAUCUCCUCUGCUCUCACAAAAUCAGAGAUAGUUGCCAUGCUGAACUCUGCGGGGCUGUCCCCUAUUGAGUUUGACGCUCUAAUUUGUAGCAGCGGAAGCGAGGUCUACUAUCCAGCCUCACAUCAAGACGAUAAUGGCGCUACAGACAAUAUUGAUUUGCAUGCAGACAAGGAUUAUAGCACUCACAUUGACUACCGGUGGGGUUACGAGGGUCUCCGCAAGACCAUGGCUCGGUUGAAUAAGUCCGACGCUGAGAAUGCCAACAAUGACAAGAUCUUGAUAGAAGAUACAAAAAACUGUAAUUCUCACUGCCUCGCCUACAGUGUCACAAAUUCGGAUAUUGCCCCUACCGUCGAUCAAUUGCGACAGCGUCUGCGGAUGCGGGGAUUACGAUGCCACGUGAUGUUCUGCAGAAAUUCUUCACGCUUGCAUGUGUUGCCUCUUUUAGCAUCUCGCUCGCAGUCUCUAAGAUACUUCUUUGCUCGGUGGAAUGUGGAUGUUGCCAACAUGUUUGUGGUUUUGGGCGAAACCGGUGACACCGAUUAUGAAGAAUUGUUGUCAGGAACGCACAAGACAAUCAUCGUGAAAGAUAUUGUGGAGGGAGGCUCUGAGAAGAAGCUCCGUGCUACUGGUAACUACGGCCGAGAGGAUGUUGCUCCAGCAGAAAACUCCAACAUGAUUGUCGUCGAGGCUAACGCGACAUGUGAUUUGCUCUUGGACGCACUCAAAUAAUGACACACAGUCUUCAGGAACUUUAUUUCUGGGUAUCCCCAUUGAUCCCUUUCCUCCCUUUUCAUGUCAAAAAAUUCGUGCCUAGCCUCAAGUUGCGAGUGGCAUGGCUUUCUUGCCUUGAGGGUGAACAUGUCUCCGGUCACUUUUGAGGAAUUUGUAGGUGACAGCGUAAUGCGAAAAGUGUAUUCAAAUAAGAGCUUGUAGGGAGGUGUGGCAUGUAACACCAUCAGCACGGCACUGAGUAAAUAUAUUUUAUUUUUGAAUAAUUUAGUCACCACAUGUGUGUUCCAUCUUUACCGAU